ACUAAGUACAGCUCCAGAUUUCAUUUCUUUGGAAAGUACUAAUUACGAUAUACCAAAUGAAUAUAUAGAAAAAAUUCGUUAUGAAAUGAAACGUAACCGUGAUGUUUUAGAUAAAAUAUGGGUCGUUAAUUUUGAAACUCUAGGCAUUUGUGAUAUUAAACUGAGAAGGGGAACUCGCAAUGAGGUUGAGGAUUUUAAUGAAAAAAUUCAACCGACUAUCAAUCGUUACGUAAGGCGUCACGGGAAACCAAAAACCAAAAAACAAGCGCCUUACAAAAUCCAACACAAAAUCGAGGAUGAGUUCAAGUUGAAGGUGGAAGUCUUGAGAAUGGUUAAUAAAUUUCUUUUGGCUAAACCUAUCGAUCCAAAUCCCAAAAUAUCGAAGUUUGAUGUUUUCCAUAAAAUUCCAACCGUGACACUCUAUUUCAAAGGACCAUACACGAGCCUAGCGUUAAAACACGGCCUACACCAAUGGCACUACUUCAUUCCACCUCCAUCGCCGUUCCCGGCCUGGUUUUACCAAGAACAUACAAAUAUUAUCAAGGAAGGACCUACAGUCUAUGUUAAAGUACCGAAAACCGUUGAAAUGCAGUUUUAUAAUGCACUUUUACAUUUGUUACCUACUUUGUUCAGCAUCCAUGUUUAAUUUAGACGGCAUGAUGCGGAAUUUUUAAGAACUAAUUUGUACUAGUAACAAUUCAGGGACUUGAAUCCAUUGUCAUGAUAUAAUUUUUUUUUAGUUGUCUAUGGUCCGCCGUGCAAUGUACGACUGUGAAUGUAGGUGCAUUGUGUAACUAUAAAUCUUAGAGAAUGGCAAUCAUAAAUACAUUCACAGCCAAGGAAUGAGCCGUAAUAUUUCCAGUGUUACAUUAAAUGGAUGUUUUAUUUACUUUACAUUAUUAUUCUUAAAAUUAUAUAUUAGUAUAGUAGCAGUAGAGUUCCUUGCAAAAAUUCGUCAAAGGAAGUAUUGCCACCAUAUUCUAUUUCUGCCAGGCAGUAAUAAUAUGAAAGAACGGAGAUAAGACGAAAGUUAAGGACGCUUUGAAAUUAGAAACUUGCAGUCGCGCGUUUGUGGCGCUUCUAAAUAAUGUAUGAAAAUUGGUAGUGGCGCGGCUGCAGCGCCUCAGACGCACCGCUGCAGCGCCUCUGUAAGACUUUAGGGAGUGCAGGGAAUGUGGCUUACCUACUUAAUACAUCGUUUGAAAAAAUCUAUUGGGUUAUUAAAAUAUUAUUCUUAAAUAAAACGAUAAUAAAACUUAACUUUUUUUUAUUGUAUAAUCACAUGAGAAUACAUAAUGUGUUUCUGUGGCAUUAGCUGCAAAAAGGUACCAAAUAAAAGUUGUCUUUUUUUAAAUUUUUCUGUCAAUUUUGCCUUUACACAUUUUGCCGAAGUAACCAUAUUGCGACUAUUAUUAAUACACUUUUCGUCAAAAAAUGCCACACUAAGUAUCGCUUUUAAACAAUAAACUUAAUGAUUAUGAAUAAACCAUAUUUUAAGUUUAUACCUACCUGUUACAAGUGAAAUAUUAAAUUUUAUUUAACGUUAAGCUAUAGAUAUGUUAUUUUUUUAGAAGUUUAUCAGCAGCGAAUUUUUUUAAUUUAUAUUUCACCGUAUAUUUUUAAAUUGUAUGAAAGAUACUGAAAAUAAUUAUGUUCUAUUCUAGUAAGUAUUGAAUAUAAUUCUAAAAACAAAAAAAAAUACGAACCUCUAGCAAUAAAUGAAGUAAA